AUGACAACCAUAACACCCAUAUAUAACGCUAUAUCUUCGAUAAAGACCUUUACCGCUGUCAUUAACAUCACUGCUAACUACCUGCUUGCCAUUCCUGUUGAGCAUAUGGGCGACCGGAAGCAGGCAUCAGUUGAGCCUCAGAACAUACUACACAACUACUUCUCCCACGGCCAAGACCAGCACAGCGAUGUGAUAGUAGCAAGAGACAUCAAACGCAAAGCUAGCACUGAAAUUUCGAAAAAUGAUCUGUUGAAGAAGACGGAUCAUGAAGGCCAAGCGGAGUAUUUCCGAUCGGCUACAUUAUCCGGUCUUCCUACAGAUAUCAUCUUGAUUAUAAUGGACUAUGUUGAAUUCAUCGAAGACAUUAUCGGCUUCAGAUUGGUUAACAAGCUUCUUUGCAGCACCGUUCAAAAACUGUGA